AUGUCGUUUCACGCGACCUCAUCACUGUCCCAAGGGGACCAACUCCUCUUCAACAAGUACGGAAAGGGACCAACAAUCCCCCUUCCUCACUACACUAUCAGGGACGCAUUCCAAUCAGUUGCCUCCGCGUAUCCACACGCCACAGCUGUUCGCGAAUGUUUUGACUCCGAGAGGACGUUGACAUACGCUGAGCUUGAUGCGCGCUCCAACGUGAUAGCUAACUAUCUUGUGCAAAAUCAUGGCGUGGCCCCGGGCCAGAGAGUUGUCUGCGUCUAUUCUCGAUCCAUCGAGAUGUGCGCGUUCAUCUUUGGUGUCUUGAAAGCAGGGGCGCAGUACGUCCCGAUAGACGGCGCCGUUAUGGUAGAGGCCAGUCUGAGGCAUGUUAUCUACGACUCAGGAGCGAGCGUUGUGCUUUGCUUCUCCAACUUCAAAGACAAGGUUGAGAGGAGCAUGCCAGCUGGAAGCUCCGCAAAGGUUGUUGCUUUUGACGCCGCGGAUUCCAUCUGGACGACCGGAGACACGCAGAGGCUGAAUGUCAACAUUCAGUCGCAAGAUGGCGCCUAUGUCAUUUACACAUCUGGCACAACCGGGAAGCCAAAGGGCGUGGACUGCAGCCAUAUGAACCUCUGCAAUACCCUGCUCAACGAGCCAGGCAAGCUUGGCAUCACGGUCGGCACCGAGGUUGCCUGCGUGCUGAUGCUGAGCUUCGACCUGUGCGCUUGGGAGAUUCUUGGGACGUUAAUGAACGGAGGUACCUUGAACCUUCGGGGACCUUCGCGCAGGGGGGGCGACCGUGAGAUCUGGAACGCAUGCCUCGGUCGCGUUGACGUUGUCAUCAGCACGCCGACUGGGGCCCAGAAAUACUUCCCAAAGCGGUCUCCCCAUGUCAACUUUUACAACAUCUGCGGCCCGACUGAGAUCACGAUCCUGAACACUGCUCAACUCCACGAGCCUGGUACAAAGCUCACAAUCGGGAAGCCAAUUCCAAACACAAAUGUGUACGUCUUGGACGACUCGUUGAAUCCCGUGAGAAUCGGGGAGAUCGGCCUGAUGUGGGUCGGGGGACUCAGCGUUUCCAGGGGAUACGUCAACCUACCGGAUCUCACGGCGCAGAGGUAUCGGCCUGACAAGUUCGCGAGUGACGGCAGCAUGAUGUUCAACACAGGGGACCUGGGCCGCUGGCUCGGAAACGGCGAGCUCGAGCCCCUGGGCCGCAGGGACGACCAAGUCAAGAUCAAGGGGUUCCGCGUGGAACUCGACGGUGUCUCUGCCACCAUCGAGUCCUUCCAGGGCGUCGAAAAAGCCGCUGCCAUCAAGAUUGGCGAGGUGCUUUGGGGGUUCUACAGCGCCGCUGCCAUGGUGGACGAGGUCGCUCUGAAGGCUCACCUUGCGACGCGUCUUAACCACUAUGCCCUGCCUUCCAAGCUUGUUCACAUGACGAGCAUGCCGAUGACCCCCGGCGGCAAGAUCGACAAGAGGACCCUCAAGGAACUCGGUGCUGCUAAUGAGCCCGAGAUCACCAAGCCGGUCCAGGACCUCCCAACGCCACCACCCACGGUCUACUCCCAGGAGACAACUGUGGGGCUGUACAAGCCGGGUACCGUGGAGAAGAGCCUCGAGCGCGGCUCAAUCACGGAAAUGGAGAGCGUCAACGAGAAGGAGAUCGAGUUGCCAGCCAAGAACGGCUUCCACGGCGAGAGAUGGUUCCGCCACAAGGCCCUUUCUGCGUACAGGAAGCUGUUUGUUGUCAUUUUCAGCAUCAACCUCAUCGGCUUCAUCUUCAUGCUCGUCAACGCGCCGAGCGAGGGCCUCCCGGUCAACAACAUCGCGACAGCAGUGGCUGCGAACCUUCUCGCCUCGGUCCUCUUCCGCCAGGAAUACGUCGUCAACCUUGUCUUCUGGCUCGCCACCCGCUGCCCGACGUCAGCGCCGCUCUGGAUCCGCCGCCACCUCGCUCGCUGCUACCACAUGGGCGGCAUCCACUCCGGUGCCGCGGUGACCGCCACGCUGUGGUGGAUUAUCUUCGCCGUGCAGUCGACGAUAUACUUCGUCCAGGGCAGCGAGAAGUACCCCAUCAACGGCGCGACCGUCGGGCUCACCUUCACCAUCCUGCUCCUGCUCAACGUCAUCCUCGUCAUGGCGUACCCCACGAUCCGGCCCAAGUUCCACGACCAGUUCGAGUGGACCCAUCGGUUCGCCGGCUGGACGACCCUCGCACUCGUCUGGGCGCACAUCGUCGUCUCGACCGCCUCCCUCACCCCCGCGGGCGUCCCGCUCGGCGGCGAACUGCUGCGCAGCCCUGCGAUCUGGCUGGUCACUCUGACCACGCUCUCCAUCGCGGCGCCCUGGAUCCGGCUGCGCAAGGUCAACGUCGUUGUCGAGCCCUUGUCGAAGCACGCGGUCCGGCUGUACUUUGACUUCUGCACGCCGCCUCCCGGCCGGGCUGUCCGCAUCACGGAUAACCCCAUGAGGGAGUGGCACGCGUUCGCUACGGUGACUGAGCCCGAAAAGCCGGGAUUCAGCAUCGUUGUCUCGCGGGCUGGCGACUGGACUGGUCGCACGAUCGAGAACCCGCCCACGAGGAUUUGGACUCGCGGUGUUCCGGCCUCUGGAGUCCUGCGCAUGGCGCCGCUCUUCAACAAGAUCGUGCUGGUUGCCACCGGAUCAGGUAUUGGACCUUGCUUGCCAGUUAUCAUGGCGAAGAAAGUCCCCUGCAGGAUCUUCUGGUCCACUCCCGCCCCGGAAAAGACAUUCGGGCGGAAGAUAAUCGACGCCAUCUACGACACGGACCCCGAAGCGGUGGUCUGGAACACGCGCGAGCAGGGGCGGCCGAACAUGGCGCUCGAGGCGUACAAGCUCUACAAGGCGAGCAACGCCGAGUGCGUUUGUAUCAUCAGCAACGGGCCCGUCACCUCCAAGCUGGUGUAUGACCUCGAGACGAGGGGUGUGCCGGCGUUUGGCCCAAUCUGGGAUUCAUGA